AUGCUAGUUUUGCCGGCGAUUUCGUCGGGAAACAGCAUGCAGAGCCCUAAAUUGCCCGCUGCAAUCUUCGAUUUGCAGCUAUUGGGGGAAAUCGACCUUCGCAUUCGAGGCAUCAGCUGUGUCUAUCAUUCGAGGCAUCAGCUCAGUGCUCACCAUCUGCAGUCUGGUGAACAGAGUCUCCCUCAGUCCCUCUCCAGAUUACAGAUGGAUGGUGCUACUGAAAAUUGUGCUUUGAAUGCGAAUGAUCCUACUGUGCCUUCUAAUCAAAACGGUAAUGGUAAUGGUAAUGGUAAUGGUAAUGGUAAUGGUAAUGGCAAUGUUAAUGGUAAUGGUUCUGGGAAUGAUGCUAAUGGUUCUGGGAAUGUUGAUAAUGGUUCUGGGAAUGAUGCUAAUGGUUCUGGGAAUGAAAAUGUUGAAAUAAUUCUGGCUGAAGAUCGUAAAUUGACUUCUGAUGUCUGGUCACAUUUUGUGAGGAAAGUUGUCCUCGAUUACCUUGGAUAA